AUGGAUCACAUCCGGAGAUGGUUCCAGCCCGACCCUCCAGCGAGCUACCAGCCCGUGGAGGAUGCGGGUGAGAUGCACGAUGCCGAGGAUCAAUCACUUCUUUCACGAAGCAGUCGUGUUCCACCAUUUUCCAAGGUUGAAUAUGGGAUUUCCUUCGUCUUGGGAGUUUCAAUGUUGUGGGCAUGGAACAUGUUCCUUGCUGCGGCUCCCUACUUCCGACACCGAUUACAGUCAGACGACUGGGCUGCAGCCCAUUACCAGCCUGCUAUUCUGUCCGUAUCGACAUUGACCAAUCUAGCAACAGCUUUUACUCUCGCGAAAGUGCAGAAAGGCGCAUCCUAUCCUAGGCGAAUUGUCUUAUCGCUGCUUAUCAACAUUACCGUUUUCACGAUCUUGGCCUUCUCCACAAUCCUUCUAGAAGAUGUCGCCGUGGGAACAUACUUCAAGUUCUUGAUGGUCAUGGUGUUUAGUGCCAGCUUGGCGACGGGAAUUAACCAGAAUGGUGUGUAUGCGUAUGUCUCGGGUCUCGGACGGGAAGAAUAUACCCAGGCCAUCAUGGCCGGACAAGGCGUGGCAGGGGUCUUGCCCAGUGCCGUGCAGAUUUUGACACAACUGGCCAAGCCGGGGCCCAACAGCGAUCCAGAUGCGCCGCAGGGAUCAACCAAGUCGGCCUUCAUCUAUUUCAUUACCGCCACGCUGGUGUCUUCGUCAGCAUUAUUUGCUUUCCUUUAUCUUGUCAAGCAGAGCUCAGGAAGGGUAUCCAUGCUGCCGGCUGAUGAUGAUGGAUCGAUACUGUCGGAGCAUGUCGACCGCAAGACUGUGGGUCUUUGGGAUCUUUUCAAGAAGCUCCGUUGGAACGCCUUGGCCGUCUUCUUGGUAUACAUGAUUACGAUGAUGGCUCCUGUGUAUACGGUAAUGAUUGAGUCGGUCCAUGAUGAUGCUGACAGGUCUCGACUGUUUGAGCCGUCUGUGUUCAUUCCAUUCGCGUUUCUUAUUUGGAACUCAGCAGACCUGGUUGGUAGGAUGAUAGUUCUAGUCCCACACCUAUCUCUGGCACAUCGUCCCUUAAUACUGUUCGUUUGUGCCGUUUCUCGCUUGGUAUUCAUUCCUUUAUACCUACUCUGCAACAUUCAUGGGCGAGGAGCUGUCGUGCAGAGUGACUUUUUCUACCUUUUCAUCGUGCAGCUGCUGUUCGGUAUUACUAAUGGUUACUUGGGAAGUAACUGUAUGAUGGGAACGAACUAUUGGGUCUUGCCAGAGGAAAGAGAACCUGCUGGUGGUUUUAUGAGCAUGAUGCUUGUUGGAGGAUUGACUGCUGGCAGUCUGUUGAGUUUCCUCGCUGCCGGUUGA